UCAUUUAAAAGCCUGGUUAGCAUACUACGGUCUCGUUUCAGGGGAAGUCAAGCCUCUCUACUGCUUCUGUUUAUAACCUUUAAGUUAAUUCAGAACCCAGAUAAGCCUUGAUCUGAGGAUGAUAUAACCACCGCAAGCAACAUGGGAACUUCUAGAGAAAACAAGAAGAAGACUUCAAAAAACAUGCUGUGAUGUCUCCCAGUGGAGACAGGGCACGAGGCGCUCCAGAUGGGCCACGUGACUUCCCAUUGACCCUUCCAUCUACAACUAGCAGGAAAGAGAAAGAGGGUGCAGGGAAGAGGAGGUGGCCUGAGCCAGGACGAUGAGGAUGCAAUGUUGAAGAAUAAGCUGGAGAAGAGAAGUAACCGGCACUAUGGAAAAAACCAAAACAAAGCAAGGAGAGAAUGAACAUAUGCCGGUGAAUAAUCCUUCCACGCAGAUUUACCAGUUGCAGGCCCUAGCCUCUGAACUCAAAACUGGUUUCACAGAAGCAAUGCAAGAACUGUCAAGAAUUCAACAUGGAGAAUAUGCUUUGGAAGAAAAGGUUAAGAGCUGCAGAUGUUCCAUGGAAGAAAAAGUUACUGAGAUGAAGAAUUCAUUAAACUAUUUCAAGGAAGAGCUGAGCAAUGCCAUGUCGAUGAUCCAAGCCAUCACUUCCAAACAAGAAGAAAUGCAACAGAAAAUCGAGCAGCUUCAACAGGAGAAGCGAAGAGAAUCUCGAAAAGUUAAAGCCAAGAAAACUCAAAAAGAAGAGCACAGCUCACAGGCCGGGCCUGCCCAAGCACAAGGAAGUCCUUUUCGUUCUAUCAAUAUCCCUGAGCCUGUUCUUCCAAGCGAAGACUUUACCAACCUUUUGCCUUCUCAGGCCUACGAAAAAGCCCAAGAGUCCAGAUCUGUUCAUGUAGGAGACAGUAAUGUAAAAGGAAUGAUGGGUCCUGGAGUGAACCCAACAACUCCAGAAGCAGAAGAAAACCUCAAGUCUUGCCUCUCGGCUGAUAUCCAGUCCAAGGGCCAUCUCCCAUCUGGCAUGUGGAGGCAGCCUAAGGAUGGUAAAGAAUGGGGUGAAGAAUACGUCACAAAAGACCACCCAGAUAAACUCAAGGAGGCUGGCCAGGGUAGACACAGCUCCUUGGAAAACGUUUUAUGUGAAACCUCCUUAGCUGCUAAAAGACAGACUGUGGCCCUGGAACUGCUUGAAUCUGAAAGAAAAUAUGUCAUUAACAUCUCUCUGAUCUUGAAGAUAAAAGCCACAUUCCAGGGGUCAGAUGGAAAGAGGAAUUCCAAAGAGAGAAGCCUCUUCCCUGGCUCUUUACGGUACCUCGUCCAGCAGCACCUGGAUCUGCUUCACGCACUGCAGGAAAGGGUCCUGAAGUGGCCACGCCAAGGCGUUCUUGGAGAUUUAUUCCUUAAGUUAACAAAUGACGAGAAUAAUUUCUUGGAUUAUUAUGUUGCCUACCUAAGGGACCUGCCUGAGUGCAUCUCAUUGGUUCAUGUUGUAGUCCUGAAAGAGGGUGAUGAAGAGAUUAAAUCUGACAUCUACACGUUGUUUUUUCACAUAGUCCAGCGCAUCCCUGAAUAUCUGAUACAUCUGCAGAACGUCCUGAAGUUCACAGAGCAGGAGCACCCUGACUAUUAUCUACUACUGGUGUGUGUCCAGCGCCUCCGAGUAUUUAUCUCACACUACACCCUGCUGUUUCAAUGCAAUGAAGAUUUGCUUAUUCAGAAACGGAAAAAGCUCAAGAAGUCAUCCAUGGCGAAGCUGUACAAAGGGCUGGCUUCCCAGUGUGCCAAUGCUGGGCAAGAUGCUUCCCCCACUGCAGGUCCUGAGGCUGUCCGUGACACUCGGAUCCACUCAGAAGAGUUGCUGCAACCCUACCCUUCUGCUCCCAGUUCUGGCCCUGCCGUCACACAUCUGAUGCCCCCAGUGAAGAAAAGCCAACAGCAGCAAAGCCUGAUGGAGAGCAUGCAGCCCGGGAAGCCCAGUGACUGGGAGCUGGAGGGCAGGAAGCACGAGCGGCCCGAGAGCCUUCUGGCACCGACGCAGUUCUGCGCAGCCGAGCAGGACGUCAAGGCGCUGGCCGGGCCCCUGCAGGCCAUCCCGGAGAUGGACUUCGAGCCCUCUCCGGCGGAGCCGCUGGGCAACGUGGAGCGCUCCCUGCGCGCCCCGGCCGAGCUCCUGCCCGAUGCCCGCGGCUUCGUGCCCGCGGCCUACGAAGAGUUCGAGUACGGCGGCGAGAUCUUCGCGCUGCCCGCGCCCUACGACGAGGAGCCGUUCCAGGCUCCGGCCCUCUUCGAGAACUGCUCGCCCGCCUCCUCCGAGUCCAGCCUGGACAUCUGCUUCCUGCGGCCCGUCAGCUUCGCCAUGGAGGCCGAGCGGCCGGAGCACCCGCUGCAGCCGCUGCCCAAGAGCGCUACGUCGCCGGCGGGCAGCAGCAGCGCCUACAAGCUGGAGGCGGCGGCGCAGGCGCACGGCAAGGCCAAGCCGCUGAGCCGCUCUCUCAAAGAGUUCCCGCGUGCGCCGCCAGCCGACGGCGUGGCCCCACGCCUCUACAGCACGCGCAGCAGCAGCGGCGGCCGCGCGCCCAUCAAGGCCGAGCGCGCCGCGCAGCCACACGGCCCAGCCGCCGCCGCCGUCGCCGCCCGCGGCGCACCCAGGACCUUCUUCCCCCAACAGAGGUCCCAAAGCGAAAAACAGACCUAUUUGGAAGUAAGGAGGGAGAUGCAUUUAGAAGAUACUACCAGAUUCUGUCCCAAAGAAGAAAGAGAAAGUGAACAAACAUCUUUCAGCGAUCAAAAUCCCAGGCAAGACCAGAAGGGGGGCUUUCGCAGCUCCUUCCGCAAGCUCUUUAAAAAGAAGGGCUUGUUUGGCUGGUGGCCCCACACACCCAGAAUGCUGCUUCGGGAUGAAGCUAGGCAUGGAGCCAGAUGCAACAGAAAACCUGAGAAAGGGUUCUCUUCCCUCUGAGGCUGGGAGGGCCGAAGGCUCAUACCCACAAGGAUUCAAAAGGGAGAGUCAAGUUGACAUCAUUAAAAAAAUCCUGAAAAAUGCCCAAAAUAUUUGGGGAAAAGAAUGACCUUCUGAUUGUUUCCAUCUCAGGCACAUUUGUCCUGGGCAGACACAAGGUCACAUGUCCCUGAAAGGUAUCCAUAAUUGAUCAGAAUAAAGGCUACAUAUCUUAAAGUUUGGAAAUGUUAAGUGAUUUUACACAUUUUAAAUGAGGAUUCUUAGAGGGAACAGACUUACUGUGGUAGGCUGAUGUUAGCUAGACCAGUACUUAUUCCCCUGCCUUUGAGGCAAACUGUCCCAUUCUAGAAGGAUCUAUACAGAGGCUGUCAAAGACUUAAACCUAGAUUAUUGUGAAGUCUGAGGCAAAUGAUACUUCAUCUUAAUAGAUACAUCUUGCAACACUUACGUUAACCCAUAUUCUUGAUGGCAGAUGUGGCAGUGGGGAAGAGGAUCACAUGAGAUAGCUUAGGAGUAGGGAAUGUAGAUGGUACUCUCUCUUUUUAUCCUUAAAUUUUGGGAUAGUGGAAGAUAAGGAAUAUGGCUUCCAAAUGAUUAAUUCUACUUCCUCGCUCAUUCUCUUCCUCUUUAGCACUUUAAAAUUUACAUGUGUCAGAGUGUCUCCCUUCUCGUCAUCACCCUCCAUUAAUCCCAUCACUGUCUAUUUUCUUAAUCACACACAGAGAGAGUACUUCUACAGGGCCCCGUAUGUAAUCAUUUUAUCUCAGUGAAUCCUCUUCUUUUGGUGUCUUCCCAGCAGUUUUUGUAUAUGCCCAGCUUCAGCUGUUGAACAGACCAUGUAAUAGAAAGCAGGGCUGCUAAAGAAUCCAUUGAUAACUUUAUCUCACCUAUUCUGUCUCCUUAAAGCUCAUUUCAAGUCCCUCUCCCACUUUUACCCACUUUGGGGUUCUCUCUCAUUUUCCAUUUCAUUUCCUAUAUAACUUGAACAUUAAAGGGGAUAAUUGAAGGGGUAAACAUUUUAGAUUACUUAACCUUAAUUACAAAUGUUUCUCAAUAAGCCAUUUGAAAUCAACCAUUCAAUUAAGUGUCUUCAAUGUACUAGGUUCUGUCCAGCACAAAAGAUGUAAGAGAAAUAGUUCCUGCCCAUUAGGAGCUUACAGAUCAAUUUAAGGAUAACCUAACUAUUGAUACAAGGUAUAGUACGUAGCACAUAGUAGGCACUCAACAAAUAUUUAUUAAAUGAAUGCUCAUUUGCUUUGGGCUCUCCAAACUCAUGUUGGUUAAUUGCUGUCAGUCCUCUUGCAGCUGUUUGGAAUUCUCCUUAGGUAAAGGGCCAGUGGAUGCCCUUAGUCCUCUUGUCCUUUCUCAUAUAUCAGUCCCUCCUCCAUCAAUCAGAUUGCCUCCACGAUACUGGUGCUGUCCUUUGUAUUUAAAAUCUGAAGUGUUGUCUGAGUGGAAGUAAAGGUGGAGUCACACAGGGCUUUUGCUUUGAUUACCAGGGCUGACUGACUGGCCGACAGGAUGGGUGUUUCCUUGCCCCUUUACUUCUUGAGACAGAUGCAUGUCUCCUAAAGCUUUCAAGGAGGAUAGUCUUUCCAAUCAGAGAACCAAGCCUUCUUAAAUCAGAGGUUUUUGCAGCACUGGAUUCAACUACCCCCAUCCCCAGCUCCAAACAAAAGGUUUAUUUAUAGCAAAUCUAGACUUGGUAUGACCUACUGAAUUUGCUAUUUUCUUUGUCACUUGAGUGAAAGGAAAAGUUAGCAACAGGUCUGUUGUCUUUUCCUCUUUCCAUCAAAUACUUGGAUGGUUAUGUGUCAGUAUGUCCUGGCAGCCAUGGUACCCUUCCCCAGCGAGUGUUUGCCUGUCCCUACAAUGUCUGCUCAGAUGUGCCCUGCGGUUGGCCACGGUGGCUCCAGGAGCUCAAAAGCCAUUUUUGUUUUAUAGAGAAAGGGAAUAAAAGCAAAUCUGCUGGCCUUUUCUCCUUGAUCGUGCAGGUUAUUUCCUAGUAAUUUAGGUAUGCAAGGUAUGCACUACUUCAGAGCCUAAUGGCCACACCUUUGGAAGAGUCCAGGUGGCCAUGUACAUGUAAGCGUUAUAAAGAGGUCAGUUAAAAUGAUCUUUACAAGGAUGAAAAUGAGCUUUUAGUCAUGGCUAUAGUAGAAUGCUGGAUUUUGAAAAGGAUGAGCAAUUUAGCUGUUAGUUUAAUUAAUAUCAAGAAAUGCAGAGAAAUUCAGACAUUGGAGACAUAGGGAAGGUACAAUUUGUGAGAAGAGCAGUUAAAAAAAUUUAAGCUGAGUUUAUGGACUUUGAAAACUAGACAGGGCGAUUUUGGCAUUUGUUUCAGAAAUGGGAACGCAACUGGUGAAGAUUUCUGUGGUCCUUGGGGCUGGUGGUGACAUCAAAGCUUUCCUAUUUUCAGGUAAACACUAAACAGUUGCAUGUUGGAACCAUCAAAGUGUGACAUGUUGGGUUUUGGAUAGACCAGAUGUAGCUAAGAGGGGAAAUACGAGGCAAAGAUUUCAAGUUUUGAGUAAUGACUUUCUGAUGAGAAACUGUCCUGUGGGGGAACAAGAAGAAAUAGCAGCCCAAUUCAAAUCCUGCCCCCAACCUCCUGCCCCUAAAACAUAGGCAUUCCUAGUCUUCUGAAUAAUGGAAGACAUAGAGAAAGAAUGAGAUGGUCAAAAAUAUAUCUUACUAAAUUUGGGGCACAACUGCACUAAUCAGGGAUGAUUUGAACUGGAGGUAAGGGGGAUCUGUGAAAGACAAGAGAAGGCCCGGAGUUUUAGGGUGGGCCAUGUGGAGGCUCUUUCAAGGGAGAACUCGGGGGGUUCCUGAAAAGGAAGAGAACCUCUUCCCACCCAGAUAUCUUGCUUGAUGAGUAUCCAGAUGUACUGGAGUUGAGAGAUAGAGUAGUUUUUCCUCUCUGCACUGGGAUGUAGUGGAAAAGUGUUCCUUACCAACCAGAAGUAGAAAGCAUGGUGGGCGGCUAUGGCUUCAUCUGUGAUAUUGAAUAUCAGAGGGCAAAGUGAAAAUAUCUAGUCAGUCAUCAGGUUUCCAGACGUUAGGGUUUUUAGUCUUUGUGGAUCCAACUUCUUUCUUUGAAUAAUGUAAAGAGAUGUUUGAAUUCUGCCCAUUAAUUCAGUAAAUGAUAGUCAUGAUUAACUUAUCUAAUAACAAGAGUGAGGACUCAACAGUAGCAAACCAAUGAUAGUGCAAGGACUCGGAGGCCCUGGAUCCUUCUUUGGUGGAUAGUGGAAGCAUACCUGACAGCCUCAGCAUAUGGAGAACUUGGUCAGUUGUAUAGAAGCUUUGGACAAGCAACUUCAUGUCUAACAUCACUUUCAUACACCCUGCAUGAGGUUUUUUGAUAUUGGUUCUUAGUGUCUGGACGAGUUUUACCCAUUCUAGGUCAGAGUUUAAGCUAGCCAAAGGGCCCCAGUCUAGCUUAUCAGAGGUUAUUUCCAGAAAGCCUCCUCCCUCCAGGGACUUCUGACAUGAGAAAACUGGAGAAGGUGCAGAGCUGGAAUGGAUUACCCAAGUGGCUUAACCAAGAUAAAGGAAGAAUGCACCCUCGACUGGGGACUCAAAUGGACUGAUCUGAGUUGUUGACUAUUGAUUGGCUUUGGUCUCUUUUGUGGUAGUUGAGAUUAUAGUAUCUCUGCAAUCUGAUUACUGUACGAAUUUCUGCAUUCUACCAAAUGUAGCAUAUAUGUGUGGUUGGCUUCAAUAAAUCUUUCAUUUAAAAAUGGAAACAAGCAAGAGUUUGUAAUGUAAUGCCAAAUUCAGUGAAGGUCCUUGAUAACCUUG